ACUAGAAUUCCAGCACAUCGAUAGCACAGCUGGUGCCGAUUGAAGAAGUCAGCUGAUUUAUCUUUAUGGCAACGAAGAUAUCAGCUGUGGUAAAUACUUUUGUUUACGGGUAAAAGCUGCGGCCAUAGCGGAGGAAUCUCUGCUAAUUUAAUCAAAUAGACGCCAACACAAAUAAUGAAUAAACAAUCGAACUAAGUAACAUUAUAGACGCAAUUGAAACGACAGAAAUAUGCGCGAGCCCAAUUUGUACGUAAUUUUAUCUCACGCGCUAAUUGGCUCGGGCUUCUUUUUUCUGUAUAUGCACCAUGUGCGCGUUAUCUUCGAGACGCGCACCAACAUACGGCAUCUCAACCAAUUGGAGCGCGAGUCGAUGCUUCGCCGCGAAGAUGCCCUCUAUUACACAUUCUACAAGAAGCUAGCCGAUGGUCCAGAUUUCUGGCACGGCUACGACCUGCUAAAGAACGUUACAGACAUUGAGUACCCGCACAGCGUCAAUGUGCUCCAACGUUUCUAUGUGCUUCCCGAGCUGGUUACCGCCUACUUCUUCCAUAUUGUGCGCGCCGGCUUCAAUCCCAGCCUGCAGCCCAUGGAGUUCUACUUAGAGUUCGUUUGGCUAAUGGGCGGCGUCACGCUGCUGGUGCUCUACUUGUAUGGCACACUGCUCAGCGAGAAUGUGUUUGGCGGCAUCUAUGGCGUCAUCUCAUACCUGAUGUUCCACAGCUUUGCGGCCAAGAUCUAUGAGCGGCCGCUGGCGCGCGAAAACUUUGCAUUUCCCUUUAUAUUCCUGCAAAUGUUCUAUUUGUGCAUUUGCAUUGGCCGAUUGCUGCAUCGGCAGAAGCACACAUCACGUCUCUUUAUGGUCUGCGCCAUGUCUCUGUUUACGGCUUGUGCCCUGCUCUCGUGGCAGUUCUCCAACUAUAUAUUUACGACACAAAUUUUCAUUGUGAUGUCCUCGUGGAAUAUUUGCUCGAUGCCCGUGGGGCUGGCAAAUGCGUUCGCCCUGGACUAUUCCCUAUCACAUCUACUAGGCAACGUCCUCGCCUUUCUGAUCUCACAUGGCAACACACAGUUGCUCUUCACUUGGCAAUUGAAUCUGGCUCUCAGCAUGUUCGUGGUUACGCUCUUCCGGCAAUUGCGUAAUCGAUUUGUGACCAACAAUGUGCAGCAAGGUGAUUAUUUUUCGUUCAAGUUCAUAUUCUUGGCGCCGCUGUUUGCCAACAGCAUGCAGGGCAAACUUGUCGAUAUGCUGAACAAGUCUGGUCUGCUUACCUGGCAGGAGAACACGUACGUACACUAUUGCGAUAUGUGGGCGUACUGGAUGCUGCAGACAAAGGUAAGCUUUGUGACCAAUUUGUCUGCUUGCAAUCCGCUCUAUGCACGAGUCGCCUGGUCAGAGCUGUGGCAGUUGGUCAAGACGUUGAUUGUGAAGCCGUACUGCAUGUACGGCGUCGUCAUGCUGGCCACAUUCUUCCGCAAAUGGCGCAAGAGCAACAUCAUCACCAAGGCCAAUCAGGAGCAACGGGAACGCGCUCGCAACUAUGUGCUAGAGGAUUUCCUCGAAGAGCACCACGUGUCCAUGAGCGAUAUGUCCAACAAGCAGACUGAACAGCAGCUACAACAAUGCUUCGCCGUGCUCGAGAGCUGCGACCAUGAUUACGAGCGCUACAAGCGGGAGAAGGCCAAAAUGCAGCAUGAGCAGCCACCGGAGCGCGAUGACUUCAUGCAGGACAUCAAGCGGCUCAAGGCGCAGAUACAUCGCAACAGUGACAAGCAGCGCAAGGAGCGUGAACAGGCCUGCGAAUCGAAUGCCAAAGAGCCGUCGACCAGUGACCCCAGUGAAACUGCAGGCCAAGUAAAGGCAGAAACAGAAACGAAGACGGACUCGGAAAAUAAAACUGAAGUGCCGCCUACAAACGCAACUGAACCAGAACCUGAACCUGAAACUGAGGAAACAUUACCGUCCAAAGCCAAGGAGCCCAAAGAGCCAGCCAACGGCAGACGUCGUCAGGCGGCCUCAACACGUCGCAGCUCUGUUGUGCCCACAAUCAACGCUCAAAUAUUGAAUUUGCAUUAUAUGUACAGCUUCAUGCAGAUGGUUAUCUUCACGCUGAUUGGUCUCACCGUACGCAAGCUGUUCUUUCUGAGCUUCACGCAAGGCUGCGUGAUAGCGCCCACGGUCUGCUCCAAGAUCUGGUAUCAUCGGCAGCGCAACGUUUUUUGGUCUGUUUCGCUGGCCGUCUUCUUGCUCAGCAUGUUCGAUCCCGGCAUGGUGAAUAUACGCGAGGAGUACUUUCCCACACGGUACAAUCAUCCGUCUGACGACCUGGAGGGCAUGCUCGAGUGGAUUAAAUUGAAUACAGAACGCGAUGCCGUGUUUGCCGGUCCCGUUGAGAUAAUUGGCACCGUGCACUUGACAACCAGGCGCCCGAUAGUCAAUCAUGCACACCUCGAAAUGCGUCAAAUGGCGGAGCGUACGGAACAUGUCUACUCGGUGUACAGUCGCCAGCAAUCGUCUGAUAUAUACAAUCAGUACACACAAUUGAAAAUCCAAUACUUAAUCAUAUCUCUAAGCGAGUGCACCAACGAAGUGCGAGAUGACUGCGACAUCUUGUCCAUGUGGGAUGAUAAACAGCCAGCGUUUCGAAAGUAUCCCCAAUUUUGCCACGAGCUUCUGCACAAGAAUGUACCUAGUUUUUUAAAGGUCUAUACGAACGAUAAAUAUGGCAUCAUUAAGAUGUUCUCCCAAAGUGUGCAAAUCAAUUUGAAGCACAACAAAAUGCCCGAAAUGUCCAUGUGAGACAGACAAUAGGCCUAACCUUAUAUGUAACUUAGGGCUCAAGGCAAAUGUGACUAGGAUAUUUUACAAAAUUGACGACGAUGAUGAUAAUGAUGAAAUGUAUUAGUAUUUAGUAGUGGGCGAGUAGGCGUACACAGACAAAGACACAGACCCCAUAAUUGAGAUGUUGACACCAAAAAGCAGCUGCAACUAAACAAAUUCUAUAAAAUAUAAACAUAUAUAUAUAUAUAGCUA